CCACUCUUUCUCGCCAUGGUGUGCUGGGAUCUCGUUUGCGCCCUGUCGGCGGGCGGCCUCCUGAUCUUCCUGAUCAUGGAGCUCACCAUCUGCCUCCGAACUGACAGAGACCUCACCGUGCGGAAGGCGGAACGGUGGGGCAAGAAGCCGGAAAAGGAGCUGCCUGGGAAAGUUGUCUGGGUGACGGGAUCCUCCAGCGGAAUCGGCGAGGAGAUGGCUUACCAGCUGGCAAAGAUUGGCUCGCCACUUGCGCUCUCGGCGAGAAGGGAGAGCGAGCUGGAGAGAGUGAAAAAGAAGUGCAUCGAGAUCAGCAGCCUAACUGACAAGGAUAUCCUGAUUGUGCCACUUGACUUGACUGACAGGAGUGCCCACGAAGCGGCGACAAAAACUGUCCUGAAGCAUUUUGGAAAGAUCGACAUCUUGGUGAACAACGGCGGCCGUUCCCAGCGCUCCCUCUAUGUAGACACGUCCAUCGAUGUCUUCAAGGCUAUCAUGGACCUCAAUUACAUUGGCACCAUCUCCCUAACGAAAUAUGUCCUGGACCACAUGAUACAGAGGAAACAGGGGAAGAUUGUCACCAUCAGCAGUGUGAUGGGCAUCAUGGGAGCUCCCUUGGCCACCGGCUAUUGCGCCAGCAAACACGCCCUGCAGGGUUUCUUCAACUCUCUCCGACCUGAGCUCACUGAUUAUCCCGGGAUAAGUAUAAUUAACAUCUGCCCGGGGCCUGUGCAGUCACAGAUCAUACAAAAUGUCUUCACUGAAGAUAUUGCAAAGGCAAAUGAAAAGGUUGGGGAUCAGAGUCACAAAAUGAAAACCGACCGUUGUGUUCGACUAACACUGAUCAGCAUGGCUAACGAUAUAAAGGAAGCCUGGAUCAGCGACCAUCCGUACCUGGCAGUCUGUUACCUCUGGCAAUACGCACCUACCUGGGCAUGGUGGCUGUUGAACCGCUUAGGGAAGAAGCGAAUCGAGAAUUUCAAGAGAGGAGAGGAUGCUGAUAUUUCUUACUACAAAAAAUCUUCUUAAAGGAGCCUUCUGUUCUUCUUUUCACCAAUACCAGCAUAAGGAGGAGGAAGAGCCCCUGCUUUAAGCACACAUUCUUUUUUGAAGAUAAGGAAUGGCGUUACAAUAUGUAACCCAUACCUGUUCCACUAUAGUCUCUUGAAUAAAAAAUGAUUUUAUAAUGCUU